AGCCAACCUCAGCUUGGUGUGUGCAUAUGCAUCUACGUGAUGCGGAUCAGUUUUGCAAUAAUAUCCCAUCGGAGGAGUAAAUGUCCAUGUGUUUCUUUAGGCGCAGGAUGAAGUGCGAAUAAUGUGAGCAGGGAUGGAAGAGUGAGUGAGGCACAUUGCGAAUAUUUCCACUUCCACCGUCCGUUUAUUGUUCUCUCGCGUUCUUGCGUAUUGCUCGUAGUGGAACUUGGCUAAUGCUCAGCGCUAGCUAACGCUUUUUACCUUGGACGAGGAUACCAGCUCCACCGGAGCCAGUCCGUUGAUACCCGGUUCAGAACUAGUUGAGCCUCUCGCCUGCAAGUUUGCCUGCGAACAAAUUUCCCUUCUUCUCAAGAGUCAAGAAGAACCCGAAUUCAUCUCACCAGCCGUCGUCGUUCCUGUCGUCUCGUCUCAUCUUAGAUACAAACUUUAGUUGCAUAUGCAGCCAGCAGACUUUUUUUCUAAUUGUAAAAAUGGUGUGUGUUAGAACUUAGAUUUUUCCAUUUCGGUGUUGGAAAGUUUCUAGAACUGGUUUCAUGAAGUUCAAUGUGAGACAUUUACUCUCUCAAGUUUCUUGCACGUUGCGUCACACUGCGAAAUUUGUUUGGAUUUAUCCUAUCCAGAAAAUUCACUGAAAGCGAGUCUUGACGAGAUAAUUUUUUAAAAGUCAUCUUAUUCUCAUCAGGGUUAUACUAUUAUUAGGAAGAUAUAUAAAUAUAUCCAUAAUUCUUACGCAUUUCAAACGACACCAGCACACCAGAAACUGUCAACAAUUCCACUGCAGUAAAAUAUAAGUAGUGUUUAUAUCAUUUUCCCAUUCACCCAGAUUUCCCUGCAACAACUGUAACUUACACACAAUCGUUCCUUCGUCCUGCUUCUCCGCCGACCUCAUACCUGGAAAAUUUAUGGUGAAAAUGAAAGUGUGCAGUUGACAGUUGAAAUUGAGCAGGAAUUGUAUGCAAUCUAACGUGCAAAAGAGAGAGAGAGUAUUAGCAGUAACAUUGAAGCUGUUGACGUGUUUUCUCCACGAAAAAGAGUAGUUUUAGUAGUACCAGCAGUCGUACGUAGUAUAUCGUCGUUCUGCCAUUUUUUACACACAUGAUCCUGCUGACUGAGUCUACCAGAAUCCUGACCUGUCAACAUGAAUCUCUCUGAGGAAGAAGAAAGGCUCGUGAUGAAUGAGACUCUGCUCUCAACCUCGUUUCCCAAUUUGACAGAGGGGCAUCAUAAUAAUAACAAUGGGACGGACGGGUACAACAAUGGCGAUGAUGAAGGGGCCCUGUACGAGGUGCCCGUCUCAAUCGUCGUCCUCCUCUCCCUCCUCUACGGGGCCAUCUCGGUGGCUGCCCUCAUCGGAAACAUCCUCGUCCUCUGGGUCGUCUCGGUGUCACGAAGGAUGCGAACUGUGACGAACAUGUUCAUUGCUAAUCUCGCGUUUGCUGACAUCAUCAUUGGACUUUUCGCCAUCCCGUUCCAAUUCCAGGCUGCUCUCCUUCAACGAUGGGACCUUCCCGACUUUAUGUGCGCUUUCUGCCCCUUUGUGCAAGUGCUGAGUGUGAACGUGAGCGUUUUCACGCUGAGUGCCAUUGCCGUGGACCGAUAUCGCGCCGUGUUGUAUCCCCUGAGCGCUCGAGCUUCCAAGAGAAAAGCUGGUUUCGCAAUUGUUGCUAUUUGGACCGUCGGCGUCGUGUUGGCCCUCCCGAUGGAAAUUGAUUUCAAGGUGGUUGCUAAAAUUGAGAAAGGGGUGGUGAAGCCCUUCUGCCAAAAUGUGGGGAUGUCGGACGACUUGCGGAGGUAUUACAUCUUAUGCCUCGUCAUCAUUCAGUACCUCCUCCCCCUCAUCAUCAUCACGGGGGCGUACAUCCGAAUGGCGGCUCAGCUCUGGGGGGCCACUGCUCCCGGGAACAAGGAAGAAUCUCGCGAUGCCGUCGUUUUGCGCAACAAGAAAAAGGUGAUCAAGAUGUUGGCCGUGGUGGUGCUUCUCUUCGCCCUGUGCUGGCUUCCCCUGCAGAUGUACAACUUCUUUGGGAGCUUCGUUGCUUCAAUUAACGAGUACCAAUACAUCAAUAUCAUCUGGUUCGGAUUCCAUUGGCUGGCUAUGUCCAAUUCCUGCUGCAACCCACUAAUUUAUGCGAUAUUCAACGACAAAUUCCAACGCGAAUUUAAGGCAAGACUCCACUGUUUCCAAAAGUGUCGCGGAAACCGGGCCGACUCCCCAUGCACUGAGAUGUCAGAUUUUGACCGCAGUCGGGUCCGGGCAUCCUACCGUUUCACCGAGGGAAGAAACCCCCGAGCUAUUCUGACUAGUAAUGCCAGCCACAGGGGACACCGAUCUCGACGCGGUCCCAACAAUGGAUCUGCAGUUUCAAUGGGAAGAAAUGGGGUCAAGUCGUCAUCGUCCGAAUGCCGAUCACAAUUACAAACACAACUAUUGGAACUGCCACCUCUAAGUCCACCACCACCACCACCGGCAGAGGCCAACAGUUCUCAAACGGUCGUCGUGGACAUACCGAAUUGCAAAGCAGAAUUUCAGAAUCAUGACGAAGAGGAAGUUGAUCUCAUUACAAACUUGACGACGCUUUAAAUAAAUUCUGAAAAAAGUAGAGUUUACUUUCUCAAUGGGUACCAAUCUUGUACUGUGGUUAUCACGAUGAUGAUAAUGAUGAUGAGUUUGACUAUAUUUUAUGACAAUUCUACAUAUGUACUCACUACUAUUGAUACAGACAUAUGUACACAUACUAUAGUAGUCGUAGUAGUAGCCGUAGUAUAGUAGCAGUAGUAGUAAUUUAUUUUUCAUUUACUUGUAUAGCUAUGUACUUAAGUAUUGUAUUCUAUAUUACAAUAGAAUUCUAAAUUUCUCUGAUCUGAACUGCUUUCUAGUCUGUUAAUUCUGUUUUAUCAAAUUAAUUAGUUACUAAAUAAAUGUGUAUCCAUGUUUGACUGUAAUUAGUGUAUAACGUACAUAUGUCAUACAACAUACUUACAUAUUAUGGAAUUACCCAUAUUAUUUGACAAAAAAUCUCAUCCUGACACUGCUCUGUAAAUACAUACGUGUUAAUAUAUGUGUUAAUAUAUGUAUGUGCGUAGCUUUUGAGAAUCCGAACAAAUUGUACAGCUCUUCUUCAUGUUCAAUCAUUCUUAUGAAAUUUGUUGUAAUUUAAGGAAUGUGUGAGGUUUCGUCUCUUCAAGAGAGAGAAAUGAGCUUCAAUUGGAAACAAUUACCUGGUCUGUUGACACUUUUACUUAUAUUUGUAUACACAUUUCGUCUCGUAGGUAGUUAUCGUAUUAUUGGGUGGUAUGAAUAAAAAGGUAAAUGUAAAUGUAGAUAAGGUAAAUGUCCCCAUCAUUCAAGCCAACAAAGUGAACAAAGCACAAGAAGAUUUCGUCAACGUAAAUUUACUUUUUUAUUAAUUCUACCAAAUACGUUAUCAAUCAAAGUAUUUAUAAGACAUUCCACAAAGCACAAUGAGGGGGGUUGUUGUUAAGAUAUUAAAAAUACAAAUUAUUCACACUCAAGAAUAAUGUAGUAAUCAGAUUUUAUGUAUCAAUUAUAUUUAUCAAUUAUAUUGAUUGGUUGAAACUUACUUAAAUGUUGUACGUACUAAUAAAACUUUAUUGGAAAAUGGUAAAAA